AUGAACGGCAGCAGGAGGGCUGGUGGUGCUAGUAACAGGGUGGCUAGUAACGAGGAUGAGGAUGUGAUGGAGCUGAGCGGGCGGGAGGUGCAGGAAGCCAUGCUGCAGGCGAGGCUCAGAACCGCGCAGAGACAGAUGAUGCGCUCCAUGGGGGGCGGCAUGCCGGGUGGCGCUCUGGGCGGUGUGCCGGGCGGCGUUCUGGGUAGCGUGCCGGGCGGCGUUCUGGGUAGCGUGCCGGGCGGCAUGCCGGGUGGCGUAAUGGGCGGCAUGGUGGGCGGCACGACUGGAAACACGGUUCGGGGAUUGGGGGGUGGCGUGGGGAUAGGUACAGGAUUGGGAUUAGGCGGUGCUGGUGAUGGGAGGGAGGGCAGGGAGGGGAGGGGUGUGGUUGAAGGGGUAGGGAGAGAGGGGAGUGAGGGGAGUGAGAGUAGUGUUGUGAGUGUGAUCAGUAUGGCGAGUGAUGAUGAGGAUGAUAAGGUGGGUGAUGAGGUGAGGCAGCAGUGGGAGCAGCUGGGGCAGCUGAAGGCUGUUCUGUCACCGCAGAGGCAGAGGGGUCGGCGGGACGAAGGUGAGAGAAGCAGAGGCCGGGGGAGCGUUGGGCAGCAGCAGCGUAAUCAGCUUCAGGGUAACCAGCAGCAGCAGCAGCAGAUUAACCAGCAGCAGCAGCAGCAGCAGCAGCAGGUGCAGCAAGAGGUUUUGCAGUGGCAGCGGCAGCAGCAGGAGGCGAGGCAGCAGGUGCUUCUGGAGCAGGAGGUGAGAGACCGGUUUGGCGAGCGCGUGCUGCUCCGAGACCAAGGGGAUGAUGAUGAGGAGGAAGAGGACGGAGAGGGGGAAGGUGGUGGGAGUGGGAGGAGGAGAGGGAGGGAAGGCGCAGGUGGUAAUGCAUGGCAGUGGUUUGGGGUUGGGAUGGGAGGGAGAGGGGCGGAUAGGGAGGAGGAGAGGCGAGAGUUUGUGGAGGCGAGGAGGAGGAGUGCGGCUGACGCUCUGAGGCACUUCAGGAGCAUGCGGGACGAGGGGCUGGUGCAACGGUUGCCACAGGCUGAGCUGAACCAGCAAACCGCAAUGCGGCAAAUUCUGGAAGGUCUCUCCCUCGCGGGAACAGCAGAGGAGGUAGAAAUGCCGGCAGGGGCUUUAAGAGUGCCGUUGCUGACACAUCAACGCAUGGCAGUGGCGUGGAUGAGACGCAGAGAGGCGUCCAUCCCUGCUGGGGGGAUACUGGCGGAUGACCAGGGGCUGGGGAAGACGCUGACCACGAUUGCACUCAUUGUGCUGGGGGUGCGGGAGGGCCGGGAGAGGGAGAGGAAGGAGAGGGAGAAGGGGAAGGGGGUUGCUGGGGAGGAGGGGCAGAUGCUGCUGCUGACAGGUGGUGCGGGUACAUGUGAUGCUGGUCCUUCUGGUGCUGGUGCAUCUGGCGCUGGUACAAGUGGUGGUGGUGCUGCUGCUGCUGCCGCUGCUGCGGUGCCGGUGGCAACAUCAGGAGGAGGAGGAAUGGGAGUAGGGAGCAGCAGCAAGAUGGAAGUGGUUGAUCUGGAGGAGGAAGACGAGGAGAGGGAGAGGGGGCGGGGGAGAUGGGAUGGGAAGAAACAACGACUAGCAGCUCCAAUGCUGUCAGUGGCAGGUGCAGCAACGCCACCUGAGCUCUCUACAGCCGCCACGUCAGCAGCGGCCACGUCAGCAGCUGCUGCAUCAGCAGCUGCCACGUCAGCAGCGUGCGGUACAGGUGGCAGGGGCAAGCGCGUGAGCGGCGGCACGCUGGUGGUGUGCCCCACGAGCAUUCUACGGCAGUGGGAGCGGGAAAUACGCGAGCGCGUAGGUGCCCUGGGGGAUGCAGCAGGCACUGCUGCUGCUUCUGGUUCUGCUGGCGCUGCUGGCGGUGUGGGAGACGAGAGGUUGGCUAGUGGAACUGGGGAAGGAGGAGGGAGGAGAGGAGGAGGAAACACAGGAGUAGGAGGAAGAGGGGGCGGGGGAAGAGGGUUAUCGGUGCUGGUGUAUCAUGGGCCGGGGCGCACGCGGAGUGCAGCGGAGGUGGCAUCGUACGACGUGGUGCUGACCACCUAUGCCAUCGCCGCCAUGGACGUGGGGGGAAGUAGAGGCGGUGAUGGGGGCGAGGGGGGGAAGGGCAAAGGGAAAGAGCCCUCGUGGGAGGAGGUGAUGGGGAUUGGUGGGGGUGGUGGGGGCGGGGCGGGGGGGAAGAGGAAGGCGGGUGGUGGUGAGGGUGGGAGUGGGGGCAGUGGGGGGAGUGUGGGGGGUCCGCUUGCGGGGGUGGCGUGGCAGCGAGUGGUGCUGGACGAGGCUCAGGCCAUUAAGAACCGCAACACGCAGGUAGCGAGAGCAUGUUGGGCUCUGAGGGCCAAGAAGCGGUGGUGCCUGUCGGGAACGCCCAUGCAGAAUGCGGUGGACGAUGUGUAUUCCUACCUGCGCUUCCUGCGCUUCACCCCGUACGACGAGUACGCGUCCUUCCGCACAACCAUCAAGGACCCCAUCACGCGCAACCCCUCCCAGGGCUUUAAGCGCCUGCAGGCCGUGCUGCUGGCUGUCAUGCUGCGCCGCACCAAGGCCACGCGCAUCAAGGGGGCGCCCAUAGUGAACCUGCCACCGCGCAUAGUGGCGCUGCAGCGAGCGGAGUUCACAGCAGAGGAGAGGGCCUUCUAUCUCUCUCUCGAGGCCUCCUCCAAGCGCCAGUUCCACGACUACGCGGCAGCGGGCACGGUGCAAAACAACUACAUGCACAUUCUCACGAUGCUGCUGCGCCUGCGCCAGGCCUGCAACCACCCCGCCCUCGCCAAGGGCGCCCCCAUCGCGCCAGACACCCGGACCAGAGGCAAUGGAGGAGGAGGAGCAGCAUCACGGGGGAGGGGCGGGGUUGGCGGAGGGGGAGGGGGGAGUGGUGGGGCGCCGGGGAGGCGGAGUGUGUUUGCCGGGUCAGUAGGGAGGCUAUCAGUGGGUAAGCGCGCCGAGCUAGUUCGGCAGGUUGCACAGGUGGGGGGAGAGGCAGUGUGUGAGUUAUGUGGGGAUGCAGCGGAGGUGCCGGUGCUGUCGGCUCGUGCCGUCCUCAACUACCUUCUCGCCCUCCCUCUCAUGCCCGCUUCUCCUCCUCCUUCUGCUGGCCCUGCUGCUGCUGCUGCCCUCCCUCUCAUGCUCCCUGCUCCCCUUCCUUCGUCUGCUUCUCCUCCUGCUGCUGCUACUCUUCCCACCUCCUCACUUCCCUCCUCUCUCCCAUCCUCCUUUCCCUCCUCCCUUCCCUCCUCCAUUCCCUUCUCCGGUCCCGCCUCUCUCCCAUCCUCCCAUCCCUCUUCCCUCCCGCCAUCGCAUCCCACCAUGCCCCCACCCAGUGCACGUACUGUCUCUGGCCCUGUUCUCUCAAGUACCCCUCCCACCUCCAAUUCAUUCAUUUUUACUCCUCCACCUCCACCUCCCACCUCCGCACCUCCCACUUCCACUCCUCCCACCUCCCUUCCCUCCUCUACCCCUCCCUCUGUGGAGGAAGAGGUGAGAGGUGGGGCAGUGGGAGGGGGUGCAGGAGACUGUGUAACGAGACAUGACGCUGGUGCAGCAGGUGCAGGUGGAAAUUCUGGUGGGGUUGGGGGCCUGGGAGAGGUCAAGCAGGAGGCAUGCGACGGGGGAGGUGAUGGGGGAUUGUUGCAACAGGGAGAAGGGACGAGUGUGCAGCCGCAGCAGCAGCAGCAACAGCAACAACCACAACAGCAACAGCAGCAGCAACAGCAACAGCAACAACCACAACAGCAACAGCAGCAGCAACAGCAACAGCAAGAACAGAAGCAAGAACCAGAGGAGGCAGGGUGGAUGGCGGGGCUGUGGGCAGAGAUUGCGGCAAGCGCUGUGCUGGAGGAGGAGGAUGUGGGGUCGCGAGGGGCAGAUGUGGCACCUGGGGAAGGGACACCUGGGGAAGGGACACCUGGGGAAGGGGCACCUAGUGGGUGGGUACCUGAUGUACCGUCUGCACGUUUGACAGGAGGUGCAGUGAAAGACGAAAUGGUUGAGAGUGGUGGAGAUGGGGAUGCAGGGGUGUUUGGUCCAUCAGGUGGGCGGGCACCUGACCUACCACCACCUGGUCCACCACCUGAUGCACCUGACUCAACACCUGACGUCCCGGAUGUAAAACCUGCUGUCUUUGCUUUAGCUUCUGCUGCACCUGGUUCUAGACCUGACGUGCCUGAUGUUAAGCUUGCAAUUGCUUCAGUAUCUGUCGCUGCACCUGACUCUACACCUGCUGCAGCAUCUGUUGCACCUGACUCUACACCUGCUGCAGCAUCUGUUGCACCUGACUCUACACCUGCUGCAGCAGGUCAUGCCACAGUCAAGAGGGAAGAGCAAGGGGCUGGGGGUGCAAGAGCUGCUCUGAUGAGGGGUGCGGGGGCUGAUGUGGCUGGGGGAGUAGUGAAGGCGGAGAAGCAGGAGGCACAGGAGGGGGUGGGGGUGGAGGUGGGGGUGGGGUUGAGUGAGGAAAAUACUGCCAGGCUGGUUGGGCUGAUGGGGCAGGCAGGCCAGGCAGGGCAGAUUGGGCCGGCGGGGCAGGUUGGGCAGGCGGGGCAGAUUGGGCAGGCGGGGCAGAUUGGGCAGGCGGGGCAGAUUGGGCAGGCGGGGCAGAUUGGGCAAGCGGGGCAGAUUGGGCAGGCGGGGCAGAUUGGGCAAGCAGGGCAGAUUGGGCAGGCGGGGCAGAUUGGGCAGGCGGAAGAGGCGGGGUCUUGGCAAGCAGGUGGGAUGGCAAAGGGGUGCCAGGAAGGUUCUGAUGGGAGUGGAGGUGGAGCAAGAGGGGCGUGCGGCAGUCGGCAUAGGUUGCAGAUCUCAGCAGCUGCUCUCGCAUCAGUGCUGCCACAUGUUGCAUCGCCGCCUUCAGUAUCCCCUGCCGCCCCUCCACCCCAUGCACCCUCUGCUGCCCCUGCACCUCCUGCCGCCCCUGACGCCAUUGCACCUCCGGCACUCUCUGCUGUCCCUGCACUCCCUUCUUCCACGGCAACCCCUUCGUCUGCACGCCUUGCAUCUCCUGCCUCCCAUUCGCCCCAUCCGCCCCAUGCUCCCCUUAUGCCCCUUGCCCCGCCUACACCAUCUGCACACGUUCCACCCCUCGCCCCCCCUGCGCCCACCGGUCUCGCCCGCCCUGCUCCUCCUCCUCCACCCGCCCCUGCCCUUUCUACUCCCUUCGGAAGCACAGCAGGCAGGGCAGCAGAGGGGCACGCAAGGCCAAGCACAGAACAGCGUGAGCUGGCACUGGUGCCUGUGGCACAGGAGAACGGAUUACCGAGUCAAGGGGUGGAGGUGGUGAGAGAUCUAGCACUAGUAAACACUCCCUCGGAGGACAGGGGAAAGGCGAUAGUGAGUGCUGGCUCCUCUCCCUCUCCCUUAAUGGUGAGAGAGAAGGCGAUAGUGUUCUCACAGUGGACGCGCAUGCUGGACCUCCUCGAGCUGCACCUGGCUGCUGCCGGCAUUUCCCACGUGCGCCUCGACGGCACCAUGUCCGUCACCGCUCGAGACAGGGCCAUCGCUGAUUUCACCUCUGAUCCACAGAUCACGGUGAUCCUGGUGUCCCUGAAAGCAGCCAGCGUGGGGCUCAAUCUGAUAGCGGCGAACCACGUGAUACUCAUGGACCUCUGGUGGAACCCCGCAGUGGAGGAUCAGGCAAUUGACCGCGCGCACCGCAUCGGCCAGAUUCGCCCCGUGCGUGUGGCGCGCUUCACCGUGGCCGAUACCAUCGAGGACAGGAUCCUGGAGCUGCAGGUGGGUGGGGGAGGGUCUCGGGGGGUCGGAUCCUGGAGCUGCAGGUGGGUACGGGGGCUGGCUGGGAUGAGGCAUUAG